CCUCCCAUUUCUUAGCACUGGUUACUCCUUCGAAUUACUGUUUCUUUUUGCAUUUUUACCUCCUUCCUCGCUAUCUCUUUAUUUUAGCCGUUGCUCGAUGGGUGCAUUUCCUACCUCUCUAUAAAUUACAGACUAGACUACAUUCUUCUUGCACUUUUCCCAGGAAUCUCUCUCUUGACGUCUCUCUCUCCUUUGUGGCACAUCCCCAUCUCCCCUUUUCCCAGCUGCUCGCCUCCUGCUUCGUGACUACAGGAGCGAAGGGGAACCUCCGCUCCGGUCCGUGCUUUGCAAGCGCCCUGACUGGCCCCGCGGAAGCCCCACUGCCCCGAGCUCGUCUGCAGCGGCCGGGCCCCACGGAAUCCCUCGUGCCCCGAGUCAGCUGUUCGCCCCAGCCCAGCUGAGCGCCGUGGAGCCUGCGCGAGGCGGAGACUGAGGCAAGGGAGGGAGAAGAUGGCGGAGGCAGACUGUGUCUAUUGUUUUCACAGGGUUUGGGGUACAUCCUAAAUUGGGAGAGUUAAAAUACCGACUACAAGUGGAUCCUCCCCAGUCACACUGGUGGAUAUUGCCUCGUGCGUCAUGGCAGAAAGCGAUGCAGCACCAACCAUAUCAAAAAAGUGUGGUCCAUACAUUUCAUCUAUAACCAGUCAUGGCAUAAACUUGGUGAUUCGUGGAUUAGUGCUGUUUUUUAUUGGCGUGUUCCUUGCAUUAGUAUUAAACUUGCUACAGAUUCAGAGAAAUGUCACGCUCUUUCCACCAGAUGUGAUCACAAGCAUCUUCUCUUCAGCUUGGUGGGUACCACCUUGCUGUGGCACAGCCUCAGCUGUGAUUGGGUUGUUGUAUCCCUGCAUGGACAGACAUCUGGGAGAGCCACAUAAAUUUAAGAGAGAAUGGUCCAGUGUAAUGCGAUGUGUAGCAGUCUUUGUGGGUAUCAAUCAUGCUAGUGCUAAAGUGGAUUUUGCCAACAACAUACAGUUGUCUCUUACACUAGCAGCGCUUUCAAUUGGACUAUGGUGGACCUUUGAUAGAUCACGAAGUGGCUUUGGUCUUGGAAUCGGAAUUGCUUUUCUGGCCACCUUGGUAUCACAGCUUCUGGUCUACAAUGGGGUUUACCAAUAUACAUCUCCAGAUUUCCUUUAUGUUCGUUCCUGGUUACCAUGUAUAUUUUUUGCUGGUGGCAUUACUGUGGGGAACAUUGGUAGGCAGCUGGCAAUGUAUGAAUGCAAAGUCAUUGCAGAAAAAUCUCACCAGGACUGAGGAAAAGCAAAAUACAUCUUUUAUACAGGAAAAUAUAUGACAAACAACUGUCGGAAGAACAUGCUAUAAGGAACAUUUUGACUCUAAAAUUGCCAAAAUGCAGU